AUGUCGAAGAAUGAAUAUUUUAAUGCACCGGAAGGAGCACCACCAACAUAUAAUACUAAUCAGAAUCAUCAAAAUUCUUAUGUUCCACAACAACAACCUUCUUACAAUGCGCAAACUCAAGAUCGAGGCUUUUUAGGCCAUCAACAAGGUUAUGGUCAACCACCUCCGCCACAAAAUUAUGGUGGUUAUCAACAAGGAGGAUAUCAACAAUAUCCUCAAUAUUAUCAACAACAGCAACAACCUAUGUAUGUUCAACAACAAAGAACAAGUAAUAAUGAAUCUUGUUUGAUGGCUUGUUUAGCUGCUAUUUGUAUCUGUUGUACAUUAGAUAUGUUGUUUUAA